GGGAGGGGCGUGGCCAGGAGCGGGUAUUAGAUCUCUGGAGUCACGUAGCUCUGCAGCAGAAUCGCAUCGCACAGAGCAGAUCGGAGGUUUAUCAUUCAUCAAUAGAACGUACAGGAAAAGUCCAAAAUGACCCAUCAAUAUCCAGCACUGAGUACGGAGCAGAAGAAGGAGCUGGCUGACAUUGCCCAGCAGAUCGUAGCUGAAGGGAAGGGUAUCCUGGCAGCUGAUGAGUCUGUAGGGAGUAUGGCCAAGCGUUUUAGCGGCAUUGGCGUGGAGAACACCGAGGAGAAUAGGCGUCUGUACCGUCAGCUUCUCUUCAAAGGCGAUGAGCGUAUGCAACAGUGUAUUGGUGGCGUCAUCUUCUUCCAUGAGACCAUGUACCAAGAGGCAGACUGUGGCACCAAUUUUGUCAAAAUGAUUAAGGAUAAAGGCCUUCUUGUAGGAAUUAAGGUGGAUAAAGGGGUUGUUCCCCUCGCUGGUACUGAUGAUGAAACCACAACUCAAGGUUUGGAUGGCUUGUCCGAGCGUUGUGCCCAAUACAAGAAGGAUGGUGCCGACUUUGCAAAGUGGAGAUGCGUAUUGAAAAUUAGUGAGCACACCCCCUCUUCACUGGCCAUCAUGGAAAAUGCCAAUGUCCUAGCUCGCUAUGCAAGCAUUUGCCAGCAGAAUGGUAUUGUUCCCAUUGUGGAACCAGAAAUUCUUCCUGAUGGAGAUCAUGACCUGAAACGCUGCCAGUACGUCACUGAAAAGGUUCUAGCUGCAGUCUACAAGGCUCUAAGCGACCAUCACAUUUAUCUGGAGGGCACACUACUGAAACCAAACAUGGUAACCGCUGGCCAUGCCUGCCCCAAGAAAUACACUGCUGAGGAGAUCUCCAUGGCAACCGUGACAGCACUUCGCCGCACUGUGCCACCUGCUGUCCCAGGUGUCACUUUCCUGUCUGGUGGCCAAAGUGAGGAGGAAGCCACUAUUAAUCUGAAUGCAAUGAACAACUGUCCUCUAGCAAGACCUUGGGCUCUUACUUUCUCCUAUGGACGUGCUCUCCAGGCCUCAGCACUGAAUGCUUGGCGUGGCAAGAAGGAAAAUGAGCAUGCAGCUGCAGAGGAGUUCUUGACACGUGCAGAGGCAAAUUCCCUAGCGGCCUGUGGAAAGUAUGAGCACAGCAGUGAUGGAUCAGGGGCAGCUAGUCAGUCCCUGUACGUUGCUAAUCAUGCCUAUUAAGCUUGGUAGCCAUAUGAGCACUGACCUGCAGAACACCACCACUCUGCUUCCCUCGUUCUUCAGCAUUCACGUGGACAUCCCCUGCAGCCAAAGCUUGGACUAACCACAGCCAUUCGCCUCCCCCAGUAACAUUACACUGCUAGUAUAAGCUAUCUUAAAUACAAUAAUGGGGUCCAGCCUUUUGUCUUGCAGUGUAAUGUAUUUGGUUGUUAGCUAUUUUCAUACUAGAUCUUUUAUUUUUUACAGGUCUAAGGAUAAAGAAUAUAUGGUAAAGCUAUAAAAAAAAAGUAUAAUAUUUAAUAAUUGGACUGACCUCUGCUGGACAGGAGAAGAGUAGAUGUUUUAUGUAACAAAUUACUUUUUCCUUGAUCUAGUACACUGGAAUAAUUUCCCUGCACAAUGUAGACACUAUUGAACCCUUGGUAGUGUAUUUUAGAACAGUCUUUCUCCAGUAACACGUUCACUCAUCUAGGCACUGUUCUGUGAAAGGUCUUGCACUUUGUGGUACAUCCAUAGAUUGCGCGGUUGUGCGCUACUUAUAACUCUGGGAGGUAGAUCCAUCCUUUAUGUACAUUGGAUGGUGUUAAAGUACAGAAGCCCUUAACACUAGACGAUAACUUACUGCUGUGUAUAUUGUGAAAUAGUGUUGUCGUUAUCUGUAUGCAACUGAUGUACCAAAUAGAUUAAAAAAAAUAAACCAGUGAAAUUUA